GAACCAAUACUGGACAUGGAUAUGGCAAAUUACAGUGAAGUUUUGGACCCAACGUAUACAACUUUGGAAUUUGAAACUAUGCAGAUUCUAUAUAAUUCAAAUGAGAGCUCUGCUCCAGAGACAACAAGUAUGAAUACCACAGACAAUGGUGUCAACUGUCUAUGUGCUAUCUGUGGGGACAGAGCGACAGGAAAGCAUUAUGGAGCGUCAAGCUGUGAUGGGUGCAAGGGCUUCUUCCGACGCAGCAUACGCAAGAGUCACGUUUAUUCCUGCAGGUUCAGUCGGCAAUGUGUUGUUGACAAGGACAAAAGGAAUCAAUGUAGAUAUUGUCGAUUAAGAAAGUGUUUUAGAGCAGGAAUGAAAAAAGAAGCUGUGCAAAACGAACGUGAUCGAAUAAGCACCAGAAGAAGCACAUUUGAUGGCAGCAACAUCCCCUCCAUUAACACUCUGGCACAAGCAGAAAUUCGGUCUCGCCAGAUCUCAGUCUCGAGCCCUGGGGCAAGCACUGACAUAAAUGUUAAGAAAAUCGCAAGUAUCAGUGACGUCUGCGAAUCUAUGAAGCAGCAGCUCUUAGUCUUAGUAGAAUGGGCCAAAUAUAUUCCUGCCUUCUGUGAGUUACCGCUGGAUGAUCAGGUGGCACUGUUGAGAGCUCACGCAGGGGAACAUUUGCUGCUUGGAGCUACAAAGAGAUCCAUGGUGUAUAAAGAUAUUUUGCUUUUGGGAAACAACUACAUAAUUCACCGCAACAGCAGUGAAAUUGAGAUCAGCCGUGUGGCCAACCGGGUUCUAGAUGAGCUGGUACGGCCAUUUCAAGAAAUUCAGAUUGAUGACAAUGAAUAUGCUUGUUUGAAAGCAAUUGUAUUUUUUGAUCCAGAUGCAAAAGGGCUGAGCGACCCAGUAAAGAUUAAGAACAUGCGAUUCCAAGUGCAGCUCAGUUUGGAGGACUACAUCAACGACCGGCAGUACGACUCCCGGGGGAGGUUUGGCGAGCUGCUCUUGCUCCUGCCCACGCUGCAGAGCAUCACCUGGCAGAUGAUCGAGCAAAUCCAGUUGGUUAAACUGUUCGGGAUGGUUAAAAUUGACAACUUACUUCAGGAAAUGUUACUGGGUGGCGCAUCCAGUGACGCCGGUCACCUCCAUCAUCCAGUGCACCCACAUCUGUCUCAAGAUCCAUUAACUGGACAAACUAUACUUUUAGGUCCCAUGUCAACACUGGUUCAUACCGACCAGAUCUCAACUCCUGAGACUCCACUUCCUUCUCCACCACAAGGCUCUGGACACGAACAGCACAAAAUAGCUGCAAACCAAGCUUCGGUGAUUUCGCACCAGCCUCUCUCCAAACAAAAGCAAUUGUGAGAACAUGUUUACUCCCGAACGGCACUGCAUAAAUGUGAAAACUUGUUUAAAUAACUCAGGAUAGUACUUUUGGCAAACUCUUAG